GCUUUCUCCGCCAAGACUCGCAGUAAUGAAGACACUUCGACAUGUUGACUGGGCGAGUCUCCCAAUCUUCGACUUCAAUUCUUUCGCUCUUAUCCCGAUUCCCUAUUGACCGCAUAUUUCCAUCUGCUCAACUUAUGCUCUUGUGCACUGAUUGCUGCCAGUGAAAAAAUCACCAUGGCUUCGACCGACGACGCUUUGGAGACUUAUACUCACCUCCCCCUCCACAUCGAUCCCCAGACGAAACAAAUCUCCAUCCUUUCCUCCGACAAGACGUUGCAAGAUGCCAUCUCUAAUAUCAAUAAGCUCCACACGUCCUUCAAGUCACUUGACACCCCGAAUAACAUCCCACCUCCUCCUCUGCCAGUCAACCCCAAACGAUCCGGCCAGAUCCAGAAAUUGCGAGAGUCGGCGGUGGCAGCCUCGCGCAAAGGCCAGCAUGCGGACGCGGUCCGCCUCCUCGGAGUUGGCAUAGAUAUGGCCGCUGCACGGCCAGGAUGGGAGCCUAUGGGACUGGCUAGAGAAGAACUCGCUUUGAUGUAUCUCUCUCGUGGCGCGGCCAAUGCUGACCUGCAAAACUGGGUGGAAGGUCUGAAAGAUGCCGAGUGCAGUAUUGAAUGCAAACGAGGCCCUGGCACCGGUCCGAAUGGAGAAAGGGUCCCGGGCAAUGCGAAAGCGUAUAUUGUCGGAGGAAGAUGCCUGAUGGAAAUGGGACGAUGGCAAGAUGCUGUUGAAUGGCUGGAGAGAGCGAUUGAGAUCGAGGGAAAGGAGGGCGACGACUGUCGGGAACUCAUGCGACGGCUCACGGAAGCAAAGAGACACACGGGGAAAAAAGAUUGAACGACACGCCGCAGCUGGACCAGCGUAUGAAUGCUGCAUAACACAAUCGUGGAGAUGUGAGGGAUGAAUCUUUGCCGGGAGCGUUGGUCAUCACAAACCGUCCAGUGCCAGAUCAAACAAUGUCCGGACAUCCACUCCGCUUUAGAGGGGAUACCGGGUUCCUUCGAAUGCGACACCAACACCGGAUACUAGAAAUGAACUGCCUUAUUUUGCAUCAUGUACCCACUCAUCGGAAGCGAGGGAGUCGUCCUUGAGGAGUUGAAUUUGAAGGUAUUCUCUCGCUGCAUAUCCAAGACUCCUUUCUCAAUUGGGGAUAUCGAAGCUGAGAGCGGCGUCGACAAGCCUUGCUACGAGAUUCCACCUUCCUCUGAUCGUUGCCAGAGCGCCAGUUCAAGCCGAAGAGGACCGAGACGCGCGAUCCUCGUCCACGGGGGAGAACAGAGCCUCGGGCAAGAUCAAGUCCUUUAUCCCACUUGGCUCCUGACUCGACUGGGUGUGUCGCCGCAGCUGGGACGAUGCUGUUCUCAAAGCUCUCGAAGACCUGAUCAGGACCUAUACUCCUCCCACAGCACACGAGGAGUUAGGACAUCGUGAGACAUUGUUGUCUGUGCUUCGAUUGAUCUCACAGUGUCUCUACUCGGAAUUCGGAGUUGCAAGAGCGAGCACUCGUGAAGACCCAGAUUUGCUUGCUGUCCGAAAGCCUAUAGGCAGUCCAUCUGGGUGCAAUCCAACGAAUUCUGCAUGUUCUAUAGUCUGGCCUUCCUCGGCUAUUAUCGUAACAUUUCAUGGUUCAUGAUAAGCUCUCUAGACGAGAAGACUCUCGAUCUUGGACGGUACGUGCCUUGAGAGUCCUUUUCAGGAUAUCAUGGCCUGUCCAUUGAUAGGUCAUCUCUAGAUAUGUGUACAUCAAGACUUCUUCAGAAAUCAUUGGCAUAGUCUAGCACCGAAUAGACGCCAUCUCAGGAUGUAGCUAAAUUGUCAAUGAGGAUAGGGAUAUUAUCAUGUCUGAGGGUACACUAAAUACUGUUAUCAAUGAGAAUUGCUUUCGGG